AUGAAGGUCAUGGGAGAAACCCAUGAAGGAAUCUGUGGAGCUCAUCAAGGUGGAAGGAAGAUGUGUUGGUUAAUUAGAAGGUAUGGCCACUUCUGGUCAUCCAUGAUGAAAGACUACAUUGAAUAUUCCAAAGGAUGUGAAGCUUGUCAGAGGCAUGGACCAAUCCAGCAGGCUCUUUCAGUUCCCAUGAAUCUAGUGGUUAAGCCAUGGCCAUUCAGAGGAUGGGCAAUGUCAGAGGAUGGGCAAUGGAUGUCAUUGGCAAAAUCUAUCUAG